AUGCAGGUGAUCGGCGAUCACCAAUCAUACACCUUUUCACGGAAAUCGGACGAUUAUGAUCGCUCAGACUCUUUUUGCCUCUCCUCUCUCUCCGUCCUUGCCCUGCCUCCUCUCGUUGGUUUCCUCCUCUCCUCCAUCCUUCCUUCCUGCUGCUACAGUCGUUUGUGGGGUUGGGGGGUCGACGGGCUGCUCCCCGCUGCGCCCCCUGCUACCCUCCUGCCUCAGUGCGUCCCCGCCGCCCCCGGCCUCAGGGCCCUGCGCCGAGCCUUUUCACCCAGCGUGACGGAGUACGACACGGAGAACAUGAACGCCGAGGAGAUCUACAGCUCGCUGCGCGGCGUCACGGAGGCCAUCCAGAGCUUCAGCUACCGCAGCCAGGAGGACCUGAACGAGUCGCUGCGCCGCGACNGGGCAGACCACGCUGUGGGAAGAGAAGUCGUGGCUCCGUCUCCAGGUCCUGAUGGUCGUCUGGGUUUAGACGUGGUGGAAAGUAGCCGCACCGCCCUGGAUAACAAGACAUCACUGCUCAACACGCCGUCGCCACGGUCCUUCUCUGGGCCCCGGAGCCGCGAGUUUGCCCCCUACGGCUAUGGAGAAACCAUCUGCGCCUACGAUAAGAGCGCGUUGAAGGAGGCCGUGUUCGACGACGACGUGGAGCAGUUCCGUGACUUCGGACCGGCCCAUUCGGACCUGGUGGCCGACCUGCUGAAAGAGCUGUCCAAUCACAACGAGCGCAGCGAGGAGCGGCGCGCGGCGCUGCUGGAGCUGCUGAAGGUCACGCGGGAGGACAGCGCCCCCGUGUGGGACGAACACUUCAAAACCGUCCUGCUGCUGCUGCUGGAGACGCUCUGCGACAAGGAACACACCAUCCGGGCCCUGGCCCUGCGGGUUCUGAAGGAGAUCCUGAGGAACCAGCCGGCCCGAUUCAGGAACUACGCUGAGCUGACCAUCAUGAAGACCCUGGAGGCCCACAAGGACUCCCAUAAAGAGGUGAUCCGGUUCUGGUUCUGCUGCUCUGGGUUUUAAUACCUGGAUCUGAAUUAAAUUAAAUGAAUUAAAUGAGGUCAGCAGGAGAAACAAGACAAACAACCAGGAACACUCAGACCCUGCAGAAAACCCGGGCCGGGAAUCGAACCCAUGACCUCCUGGCUGCAAGGCAGCAGUGCUACCCACUGCCCCACUGUGCAGCCUGGUAUUAUCAUCAUUAUUAUUAUUAUUAUAGUAAUAAUAGUGAUGAUAAUAAUUAUAAU